AAGAAUAAUGUAAAAAAAAAGCGAAAAAAAGAUAUAUAAAAGGAUUUUUUUUUAGAGAUGAGCUCUCCAUCUCAAGAAGGAGUUAUUUUUGUAAAAAUGCCAAAGGAGAGACAAACACCAUAUCAUGAAUGGAUAUCAUCAGAAAAAUCACCUAAUUGUCAUCAUUUGUCACCCUCGGAUCUAAAAUGCCAUGAAAAUUUUUCAUCUCACGCAACACCAAUUCGUGUACCAAGUAGGGCGACAUAUCAAAGUACGGGAGAUUGUGGGUAUGGAAAGUUAACAUUUCAUCGAUAUCGUUUUUCAAGUCCGUAUUCACCUUAUAAUUCAUUUGUUUCCCCGAUAAAAGCUAAACAGACAUAUGGAAGGAGGGGGAGAGCCAGAAAAAAUUCUUUUUUAUCCGUAAAUUAUCUUAAAAAUAAAGAAAAAAAUACAUUGAAUAAGGAGGAGUCAUGUUUUUCCUCGGAAUUCUCUCCAACUCGUAAUUUGUUCUCAGAAAUAGCUUCAGAUGAUACACAUUUAUCUUCAUUUGAAAAGUCAAAUUCAGAUAUUAAUAAUGUAGAGUCUCAAAAAGUGUUUACUCUUUGUACACCAAAACAUGAUAAUUUGGAUGAUUCCAAUAUGUUUCAUGAAAUCAUAACAAACCAUUUACAUCAUUCUAAUACACCAAAAUCGACAAAUUUUUCAUCUAGUCCGUCUUUUUCUACAUCUUGGGAGAAACAAAAUACGGAAGAAAGUAAAACAAUGAUCGAAAAAUCAAGAUUUACUUUAGGAGAUACAAAAAUAUCCUUCUUUAAAGACAAUAUAAGAAAGAAAACAGAUGAAAAGGAAAGUCACGUUCGUAUCCUUGAUAUAAAGAGUUGGUAUACUGGAAAAUUUCUUGAAGAUUCAACAAAUAUGCAAUUAAUGAUUUCAAAAAAGGGUUUUGCAUUACAAAAAAAUGGCGAAUUAUUGCCAUAUCAUAAUUAUAAUGCAAAUGAAAUUCGAAAUAUAGCAUAUGAAUUUGAUCAAUAUGGCUUGCUUUAUAUUAGAUUGAAAAACAGGAAUGCAAAAUUGAAUGGUCCAGGGACAGAAUAUCUUAUUCAAAUAGUCACUACGCAAAAAUUAAAAUCUUUAAGGAUUCUUCAAUAUUCAUGUCCUGAUGUAGAUCUUAUUGAACUUACACCAGAACAAGCUCAAAAAAUGUUAUCCCUUAAGAAAUCAGUUAAUCCAUUUAAAAAAAAAACUUUAAGUCCUUCAUAUCAUUUAAUAAAUUCAAAUGAAAUAAAUACUAAUGCAUCAGAAACAUCGCCUUACUUUUGUCAAAAACUAGAUGAAUCUGUACCUCGAGUAAAUUCUAAGCCUUUAUGUUUAUCUAAAAAAGAUGAAAAAACAAGCGAGAAAAAUGAACCAAGAUUAAUUUAUCCUCCUGUUGUUCUUUAUGAUGAUGAUAUAGAGCGAUUAAAUGAUGGUGAGUUUUUAAAUGAUACAAUAAUAGACUUUUAUCUGAAAUAUAUUCAAAAUAAGCUUUUUCAGAAAGAUCCUUCUAAAAUAGAUGAGUCACAUAUAUUUAAUACAUUUUUUUAUAAAAAACUUGUAGAUAAAGAUCGUUCAGGCAAGAAAGGUGGAUAUCAAAAUGUCAAAAAAUGGACAAGCAAAACUAAAAUUGAUGUUUUUGCUAAAAAGUAUGUUGUUGUUCCAGUAAAUGAAAGUCUUCAUUGGUAUGUAGCAAUAAUAUGUAACUUAGAUACAAUGUCAGAUAAACAUCUUGUACAAAACUCUGAAAAAAAUAUAGAAUCAAAUACUAGAAACGAAAUAUUUUCUUUUUUCUCACCAAAAAAAGAAAUGUUUAUUAAUUCAUCUUUUUAUCAAAAUGACAAAAAAUAUAAUAUUUCCAACAGUUUUUCGGACUUUCAAGAAAAUGAAUUGAUAGAAGAAAAGGAUAAACAUAGAGAUACUGGCAUUGAUAGUAAAGAAACUAGUUUUAAAAGCUUUUUUGAAAACUCUCAAUUAUCAAGACUUUCCAAAGAUAUAUCUAUUUUAAAAAAACAUAAUCAAGAAAAAUCUAUAGAAAAAUCUUACACUCAAUUAUCGAAAAAAAGUAAUAUUCCUAUUAGAAAACCUGUUAUUAUUAUUUUUGAUUCUUUAGGAGGACAACAUAAUAUAACUUUAAAAAAUUUGCGUGAUUAUCUUUAUGAAGAAGCUAAAGAUAAACGCGGUUUAGAAUUAAAUAAGGCAGAUAUAGCGGGAAUACAUGCAAACGUUCCUCAACAGAGUAAUUAUUGUGAUUGUGGAGUCUUCUUACUUCAUUAUGUUGAACAAUUUUUAAAUAAUCCGGAUAGAGUUUUGCCACUUAUUUUGAAUCAUCAUAACAAAACUUCUAUUUCUUCUGAUAUUAAAAAUCUUUGGGGACAAGAAAAAAUAUCAUCAUUUCGAAGUGAACUUCGUCUAUUAAUAAAACAUUUACAGAGUGAAUCCUUAGUUAUACCAAAAAACAAUACAGACAAUGCAUAUUUAAAUCAAGAAGAUAUUAUAGAUGAUGAUAGUGAUGAGCUGAUUAUGUAUUUUUAA